GGCACAACCACCCCUCGGCGGUCAGUGUGCGCUUGGCAGUGGGAGAGGAUACACGUCUCCCUUCCUGGCUUCGGUUCACAGGCGAGGGAGCUGGUUCUACGCGGACGCUCAGAGGCACACACCCUCACGUCUUCGGUUCAUCUCAUUGCGGGGGAAUAUAUAGUAUCAGCAUCAGCCAUGAGAUUGAAGAGCAACACACACCUCUCCUGGGAGUCGUUCUCGAUGAUUCUCCUCCUCGUGUUGGUUGUGUCAUGGAGCCCUUUGGAAGCCGGUAUGUGUGGGUGACGAGAUGAUUGUGGAUGUGGUUAACGAACUCGGCAGCGAUUCCACCUCGAUCCACUGGCACGGCCUCCACCAGCAAGGCACGCCUUACAUGGACGGGGUGCCCUUCCUCACGCAGUGCCCAAUCCCGGCAGGAAAUUCGUUCAGAUAUCACUUUCUGGCUGAUCAUCCUGGCACUCACUACUGGCAUUCCCACUCAGGUCUCCAAAGAACAGACGGCAUGUUCGGGUCCCUGGUCAUCCGUGAGCCCGAAGAACAAGACCCGUUGAAAGAACACUACGACGAGGAUGACUUCGAGCACAUGUUUGUUAUAACGGACUGGCUGGACGCGCUAGGGAUUGACAAGUUCGUGAAUCACCAUCACACAGAGCACGACAAUAAACCUUAUACCCUACUAGUCAACGGUCGAGGAAAACACGUUAUGUUUGAGAGAGACGAUGUACAGACCUACACUCCUGUACACGAGGUCGUUGUCAAGCCGGGAAAGAGGCACCGGUUCAGAGCCUUGAGCAACAGCAUACAGAAUUGCCCCAUUGUUAUUUCUGUAGAAGGACACAAAUUGCUUGCUAUUGCUACGGACGGGAUGCCCAUUCAGCCCAUAGAAGUGGAUUCUCUCACGAUCUUCGGCGGGGAGAGAUGGGACUUCGUGGUAAAUGCGACAGAGGAGCCGGCGCCCUAUUGGAUCUAUUUCCAAGGUCAGCUGGACUGCGAUGACCGAUUCAAGAGUGCUUUCCAGGUCGCCGUCAUGAGGUACGAAGGCGCUCAAGGCUACCCGGCGAGCCUACGAAAUGUCACUUACGAAACCACGAUUCCGGAGGGACUUGUAAGUUGGAGCUCCCCUCCCUCCCUUCCUUCCGCAGUGCAGAGGACCCACCGCGUGUACCUCCCCCAGAUCAACGACAUCAGCCUGAGACUCCCCAGCGUGCCUCCUCUCUCGCAACCCGAAGGCGUGGACGUCGAGAGGGACUUUUGCAACGCCACCUCCAAGGGCGAGGUGUGCUCAGACUCCUUCUGCUACUGCCCCCACGUCCUCAGCGUCGAGAAGGACAGCCUCAUCGAGCUCGUGUUGGUGGAUGAGGGCGUUGUUUACUGGGCCAACCAUCCUUUCCAUCUCCAUGGCCAUACGUUCAAGGUGCUGGCCAUGGGACGCUUAGGGGAAGAAACUACCAUGAAAAAGGUGAAGGAACUCGACGCCGCCGGCCUGAUCAAGAGGAACUUCGACAACCCGCCCACGAAGGACACGGUGACGGUGCCUGACGGAGGUUACACAAUCAUACGCUUCUUCGCUACUAAUCCAGGCUACUGGCUCUUCCACUGCCACAUCAGCUUCCACGUGGAGGUGGGCAUGGGGCUGGUGUUCCGCGUGGGCGACCAGAGCAUGGUGCCCCCCGUGCCCCAGAACUUCCCCCGCUGCGGCCACUGGACACCUGACCCCGACCCCAACUUCAAGGCCAAGGUCAUGCGGUACGUCGAGGGUCAAACUCAGGUCACGGUGGACUUCGACCUCCUGGCCAACAGCUCAGGCCACGCCCCCGGACCCAGCUACUCCACGCCCGUCAGGAGGCCCACCAAAGCGCCCGCGAGAGCCAAGGGCGCGUACGGCACCAGCGGCGGGUCGACGCUAGCCUCAGCGACCUCGGGAUCUCGCUCUUCGCUCCUUCUCCUGGCGGCGUUCGUUUUGGCGCGAGGGUUCUGCCACGCGUAAA